AUGGAGCUGACGUCGCCCUCGCGCCUGGCGGCCCCUCCACACUGGCCGCGCGCGUUGGCGCGGGGCCUUCCUGGUGGAAGCCGACAGGUUUUCCCUGACAAGACUUCUGCGCGUGCCGCGCGCCUACCACGAUUGAAGCAAGUGCAUGAGCGGGAUGCCCGGCGAGGGGCACCGCUGGUGAUCUCCGCCGCAGUCAGCGCCGCGGCGCAGCGAUGCCGACAGCAGCGACGUGGUGUCAGUCUCUCUCAGCCUUUGCCUCCAACCAGAAAGGGUAAGAAGCGUCGGCCCCGCCCCCACAACUUGCCGGGGGCGAACUUGAAGUUGCUGUCGAAGUACGGCGAUCUCGAUGCUGCGGCCAUCGCGGGCGACGUGGAGACUGCAGCGGCCAUUUUCGAGGAGAUCCGGCCACAAGUGCCGGAGAACCUGAUGCGCUUGACCUUCAAUACCGUUAUCAAGGCUUGCGCCAACGCGGCCGACCUCAUCGAGGCCGAACGAUGGUACGGCCGUUUGCUUGCCGCAGGGUUGCUUCCGAACAAGGAGACCUUUGGGAAGCUCUCCAAGGCCGCCGCCAAAGCCGGAGACCUGAAGUCCGCGGCGCAGUGGGUCGAGGCCCGCGGAGAAAGCGAGCUCGAAGUCAAUCAAGUGGCGAUGAACAUCUUGAUCGACGCCUCCUCCAAGAGUGGGCAGGGCUCGGAAGCCUCUCAGUGGCUUGAAGAAAUGAGAAGUCGGCGCAUUCUUCCCUCUGCAGAGAGCUACAACUCGGUCAUUGAUGCGUGCGCCCGCGUGGGCGACGUGCGAAAUGCUGAGAGGUUUUUUGCAGAGAUGGAGGCUGCAAACUUGCGCCCUACGAAGCAGAGUUUUAGCGCUCUGAUCAACGCCUGUGCCAAGAGCGGCGAGACAGAGCGUGCCGCGAUGUGGCUUGAGCGCUUCCACGAACGAGGCUUUAGCCCGAACGUGGUGAGUUACACUGCCCUCAUCGAUGCCUAUGCGCGCCAGGGCAAUGCCCUGCGCUGCGAACAGGUCCUUCGUGCGAUGAUCGAGAAGAAGGUGGCACCGAAUGAGCGAAGUUACAGUUGCAUCAUCAAUGCAUAUGCCGACGCAGGCAAUGAAGAGGAGUGCCAGAGAUAUUUGCAUGAAAUGCAGCAGCGGGGGGUAACGCCCACGACAGCGACAUAUUCCACGCUCAUCAAGUGCUGUGCAACGACAGGCGAUGUCAAGUCUGCGGAAGUCUGGUUCCGACGAAUCGGCGACUCGGGGUUGGUGCCAGACAACCAAAGCCCCAGAGCGGCAGAUGGGGGGCUUAUCUACGGUAUCUCGGCUGCGAUUGGCUUCGAAGUUGUUCCCAUUGAGCCCGACGCCAUGGAAAUCCAGGACAUGGGCACUUCAGCGGGUGAGUAA